AUGAUUCCUCAUCGAAGUACGGGUCUGUUGGCAAUCAUUGUCUUCGUCGCGCUUCUCCUCUUCAUCUUUUCGUCCUCUCCCAUUCCUAAUCCUACCGUCGAAGGAGAGGGAGAAGCCUCAGGGCGCGCCAAUUAUGUCCCUCAUCCGAAGCUCCCAUCAUUGAGCAACAUUCAUUUACCGAGCAACAUGCACCUACCCUCAUUCCGUGCUCCAUCACAUGAAGCUCCGCUUGAGCAAACAAACAGCACCAGCGGCGAAUCUAAAUGGUUCAGCACUUGGGAAUGGCUGAACCCAUUCUCUUCGGCCAUUACGCUUGAUGAGGGCCGCUCCGUUCUUCCUCCUUUGCCCGAACGCCGGCCGAUAUACACGUACUAUAACCCCAAGUUUAAUCCCAAGAAGCAUUACGGCAAGGACUUAAAGGAUGAUCAGAACGCGGACGAGGUGCUCCUUCUUGCCUGGCGCCGAGCUUGGUUCGCGCAGGGAUUCCGACCGAUUGUUUUGACACCCGGUGAUGCUAUGGAGAACCCACAUUACGAAGUGGUGCAGAGACUCAAACUCGGCGCUGAAAUGGAAAACGAGGUGUUCCGGUGGUUGGCAUGGGGGCACAUGGGAAGUGGAUUGCUUGCCGACUUUACUUGCUUCCCCAUGGGGCGAUAUGAUGAUGACCUUCUGUCUUACCUACGACGGGGAAGCCAGCCCGAGAUCAUUACGCGCUUUGAGAACUUCCAAGGUGGCCUCUACUCAGCUGAGAAGCACCGUAUUAUGGAGGCCAUUGACGGCGCAGUGAAGCAAUUGAACGACCAGACUAAAUCUUUCCCGGAUUUGAUGCCUUCCGAAAUGUUCAAGGCCGAAAACCCAAGCUCUUUGGCAUACUACAAGUCUGGCACCGUCCUCUCCAAAUACCCUGGCGUGCACGAGAAAACCACCCAGAACCCUGCAAGUGGCCGACUUCAGCUGGUGCAGCUCAUCAACGCACACCUCCAUAACACUUUCCAGAACGCUUACCCUGCUGGUUUGGCUGUGCUGAAGCCUUUCCCCAAGUACACCACCGCGUUAGUUGAACCUGCAUUGCGGUUGGCUAAGGCGCUCAUCCAGUGCCCUGAGUCUCCCAUGUCGGACUCUUGCCCGCCCAAUAAUCAAGACUGCCGUCCCUGCGGCUCCGCCAAGUCGCCUAUGCGUAUCAGCCAGCCCUCCAGUUUCAAGAACACGUCUUUCCUUUUCACCAUUGGCACUCUCCCUCACCCCUACACUCUCAUCAGCCUGCAGAAGGAAUCCGAAGAAGUGAGCACGCGCGACAUCCGUCGUACCACCGACCGCGAUGCGUGGCUGGGCGACGUGACCAAGGAUCACCUUGGCAAGGAAUUGGGUGGUUCAUUCCGGGGCGUGGUCUUCAAGCAGGUCGUGGCGGGAGACCAGGCUGUCUCCAACUCCCUGUGGAUGACAGUCGAAUCUCUGCCUGCGGAGGCGGGUCAAAGCUUGCCGCCCGAGCUCCUGGAUGAGUUCGAGUGGCAAUUCGGAUUCAAGAUUCCUCGCGGAGGCGCGAUCGACCCGAACACCGCUGGCGACAAAGAAAGCGUGCAAAACAAGAAUCCUAGCCAACAGGGAGUUGGCCGAGAAUAUGAGCUGAUCAAAAAAGCCCGGGAGAUCAUUACGAGCAAGGAUACCAACCGGAUUGGCAUCAAGGCCGUCGCCGAAGCCUGGAAUAUGGCGGAUACCGAAGUCUGGCGAUUCGUGAAAGCAUAUCGUGCUCGCAGCGUGGUUGAACGCAAGCAGUGGCAGGAGCAGGAGAAGUCAUUUGCGGGCUCUAAGCCAUAA